CUCUCCAUUUCCAAUACACAAAUAUUAAUACGUACACAAAUAGAACAAGACAAUUAUUUUCCUAGCUAUAUAUAUCUCUGCUUUUGUUGUGGUUUCUAUACCAAUAUAAACAAAAACUUAAGGCUGUCAGAGGAUGAUGAUGGAUUCAAAAGUUAUGGCGUCACAAGCAUUGAGAACCAACGUGCUUUUUCUACUAAUAAUUUUCUCAUAUGUUUUGGCCGUAAAAGCCACAGUCUCUUACGAUAACAAAGCUAUCCUCAUCGAUGGAAAAAGAAGAAUUCUCAUUUCAGGCUCUAUUCACUACCCAAGAAGCACUCCUGAGAUGUGGCCUGGUCUAAUUCAGAAAGCUAAAGAUGGAGGCUUGGAUGUUAUCCAGACCUAUGUUUUCUGGAAUGGACAUGAGCCUUCUCGUGGACAAUACAAUUUCCAGGGAAGGUAUGAUCUAGUUGGCUUCAUAAAACAAGUCCAGAGUGCAGGCCUUUAUGUGCAUCUUCGCAUUGGUCCUUACGUAUGUGCUGAAUGGAAUUUGGGGGGCUUUCCUACUUGGUUGAAGUACAUUCCUGGAAUUUCAUUUAGAACCGACAAUGCCCCAUUCAAGGCGGAAAUGCAAAGGUUCACAAAGAAGAUUGUCAAUAUGAUGAAGGCAGAAAAAUUGUUUGAACCUCAAGGCGGCCCCAUAAUUCUAAGCCAGAUAGAGAAUGAGUAUGAACUAGUGGAAUAUCAAAUUGGUCGUCCUGGAGUAGAUUAUACGAAUUGGGCAGCAGGAAUGGCUGUGGGUUUAGGCACUGGAGUCCCUUGGGUCAUGUGCAAGCAAGCGGAUGCACCUGAUCCAAUCAUAAACGCCUGCAAUGGUUUCUAUUGUGAAAAUUUCUUGCCAAAUAAAAACUACAAACCCAAAAUGUGGACAGAAGUUUGGACUGGUUGGUUUUCAAGCUUUGGUGAUCCAGUUCCAUAUAGACCGGUAGAAGACUUGGCAUAUGCAGUGACAAGGUUCAUACAAAAUAAUGGUUCAUUUUUUAAUUAUUAUAUGUAUCAUGGAGGAACAAACUUCGGCAGGACUUCUGGGGGUCCUUUUAUUGCAACUAGUUAUGAUUAUGAUGCUCCAAUUGAUGAAUAUGGUCUACCUAGGGAACCAAAAUUUACACAUUUGAGAAAUUUGCAUAGAGCCAUCAAGCUAGCUGAACCAGCUCUAGUCUCCAACAAUCCCAUUGUGGCAUCACUAGGGAAGAAUCAAGAGGCUCAUGUUUUCAAGUCAAAAUCUGGGGUUUGCGCUGCAUUCCUAUCAAACUAUGACCCAACAUAUUCGGUAAAAGUGAGGUUUGGAAAUGGUCAAUAUGAUCUGCCACCCUGGUCUGUCAGCAUUCUUCCUGACUGCAGAACUGAAAGUUUUAACACUGCAAAGGUUAAUAUCAAUGGCUUGCAUUUGAAAAUGGUGGCUUCGGGUGGUGCAUUCAGGUGGCAGUCAUACACGGAGAGAAUUGCCACUGCUAAUGAUAAGAAUGCAUUCACAGCAAAUGGGUUAAAGGAGCAAAUAAGUGUCACCUGGGACACCACAGACUAUUUGUGGUACAUGACAGAUGUCACCAUAGGAGCCAAUGAAGGAUUUCUAAAGACAGGAAACCUUCCUGUCCUCACUGUUAAAUCAGCAGGCCAUGCUUUGCAAGUUUUUGUCAAUGGUCAAUCAAUUGGAACUGCAUAUGGGAGUAAUGCAGAUCCAAGACUAACAUUUAGUAGCAAGGUGAACCUGAAAGCCGGUAUCAACAAGAUUGCUUUGUUAAGUGCAGGUGUUGGUCUCGCGAAUAUUGGCCUGCAUUUUGAUCAAUGGAAUGUCGGGGUUCUUGGCCCAGUCACCUUGGGCGGUCUCAAUACAGGAACAUGGGACAUGUCUAAAUGGAAGUGGUCCUACAAGAAAGGUCUAGCAGGUGAAACUUUAAAUCUUUAUUCAUUCCAAGGAAGCUCCUCUGUCAAGUGGGCGGGCGGAUCUUCAUUGACCAUCAAAUACCCUCUGACUUGGUAUAAGACUACUUUUGAUGCACCAGGAGGAACUGAGCCAUUGGCUCUAGAUAUGAGUAGCAUGGGAAAAGGUGAGAUAUGGAUAAAUGGCCAAAGCAUUGGGCGCCACUUUGCUGCAAGUAAAGCAUCUGGUUCCUGUGGCACAUGCAGUUACACAGGCAUAUUUAAGGAAAACAAAUGCCUAAGUGGUUGUGGAAUGCCGACCCAAAAAUGGUACCAUGUUCCGCAUUCAUGGCUGAACCCUAGUGGGAACCUACUGGUUGUGUUUGAAGAAUGGGGUGGUGACCCAAGGGGGAUUUUUUUGGUCAAAAGAACAAAAUAAACAAAGUGUUGUGGAAAGACCAUUGUCUGGGUGCUGUAAAGAAGAAGAGAUGAUUUUCUUUUUCUUUUUCACAUACAUACCACAUGUAUAGAUGCACAUAAAGACUGUACUCAGAAAAUUCUAAGUGCAAGCUUUCUGAUGCAGCAGAAUAAAUGGAUAACACAAUGUAAAUUAUAUGGUGCGAAAUUAUAUUCCUAUAGCAACCUUGAACCA